UGUGACCAGUGCAUUAUUAAAAUUUAGCUUUAUGGUGAAAAAUAACCCAGAAGCAAAAUUUACAUUGGAAUACAAAUCAGUGACGGUUUUUGCUCCAAUUAACGCAGCAUUCCAAAAAUAUCCCAAACCGAUCGAUGAAUCACAGUUUUACCUUACAUUAUAUCAUAUGGGAAGUCUAGCUAAAACCACUGACCAGCUGGCAACGAUGACUCAUAUUAACACGGAAUUGGAAGGCCAUCCUCCUCUGUGGAUAACGACUAAAUCUGAUCCAAACGGCAACGAACUUUAUGUUAACAACGCAAAAAUUUUACAAGAUUUGUCCAAUAUUAAGGCAAAAAACAAUGGAAAAGAACAGGUAGUUCAUAAAAUAGACGAGGUACUAGUCCCCACAACAUCUCCUAGAACGUUAGCAAGCGGAUUGGCAAAACCAAAUGCAUUGGACUUUCUUAGUCAGUUUGAAACUUUGGAUAUUAAUCCAUAUCGAGUGAGAAAUUUUCGCCAACGUGUACAACAGCUUCAGAAACAAGAUGUAUUUAGAAACAUGGGCACUCAUACCUUCUUUAUACCUAUAGAUGAGGGAAUCUUGCACUCAGACUUAAUUGAUAACAAAACUAUAGAUGGGCAUCUGAUACCGAAGAAAGUCCUCUUCACAGCACCAACGCAUAGAGACAUAGCAUUCGAAACUACAGCAAAUGGUGACAAUCUAAAGGUGUAUAUCACAUUUUUUCAAGAACCUAAUGACAAAACGGAGGCAGUGUAUAUUAAAAGCGAAACAAGAGUAGGGGAUGCAAGACAUAGCCCGGGUGUUGUGAUCUCCGAAAUAGUUAAACCUAACAUUCCAGUCGAAAAUGGUGUUAUACACUUAAUUCAAAAACCGCUGAUGGUUGUUGACACUACUGUGAAUCAGUUUCUACAGUUUAAGGAAAAAGGCGAGGGUCCAUUAAGUCGAUUUGUGGAGGCGAUUGCCGACACGGGUGAUUUGGGAAAGGAUUUUCUCCGUACGAUAGAAAGAGCUCGAACUAUUACCCUAUUUGCUCCCAGCAAUGCGGCCUGGAAUCGUGGGACUAUAAAAAGUGUUCUGGGAAGUCCGGAGAGAAUGCAAGAGAUUCUGUAUUUACAUCUUGUGGUUGAUGAACGCUUAACAAAAGACCAAAUAAUGAAAAAUAACAAGAGACAGUUCAAGGUAUAUCAAGCCCCUACUAUGAAUGCAGGGAAGAAUUUGUACUUCAACGUUGCUACUUCAGGAGACGACAGCGUAUUAACCGUUGAAGGAGGUGGUGUCAACGCAACAGUCAUCCAGGCGAACAUCGCAGCUACUAAUGGAAUUAUACACAUUAUUGAUCGAGUGUUGGGUGUACCCUAUACAACGGUCUACGAUAAACUCCAACAGGAUCCCAUGCUGAAUGAGACGUUCCAUUUGGGCUCCUUCGGAGAUUUCAACGCCCAGUUAAAUAAUACCAAGAAGAAAUUUACAUUUUUCGUUCCAAGAGACAAGGCUUGGGCUGACGCCCGAUUGAUUCAACCAUCAACAGUAAAGAAACUAUUUAUGCGAGAGUUGGGAUAUUAUGCGCAACAAAUCUUGCAAAGACAUUUAGUGGAAUCGGAAGUUCCGUACACUAUGGAAAGACUGGUUAAGUUAACCACCAAUAAAACUAACAGCGCAACGCGUGUUCCGCGUAAAGAGGUUGAGCUUCAAUCUUUGAGAAGCACUUUAAGAAUAUCAGUCGAAGAACGACAAAAUCAUACGUAUGUAAUACAUUGGAAGGGUAACAGAAUACCAGUAUUUAGACCAAACGUGGAGUGUACGAAUGGAAUUAUACAUGUCAUAGAUGCACCAUUCCUGCAAGAAGAUGAUAUUCGUGUAAUAAGAGAUUCUGGAGUAGGAAUUUUCUUAUCAUCAAAUUUAUUAAUGGUUCUCCUUGUGAAGUGGUUAUUCCUCUAAUGCCAUCCAUUUUAAUAUUAAAGACUUUUAUUUUUGAGUAUUUAUUUAAGGGCCUAUACAAACAUGGCCUUGUGAUCUAAAUUACCUGCUGAUAUAUCUUAACAAACAAAAUGAAGAGUGUACUAAUUUGUUUACAGACUGAACAAAAAAAAACUAUUUUAUUAGUGUUAGGGUAUAUAAAAGUUUACACAAUUAUAAAUGUUAUCAAUACAUUAUUUAUCCAAACCUUUUCUAAAAAGGAGUCGAGAAAAUUUCUAUCUAAGUAUAUUCACUUUUUUAUAGAGUAAAAUAUGACGCUUUAUGCACUAUUAAUUCUUCGAAGAUUGACACUACAAGAUCUGGUCAAUACCUUUAAUAGAGUAUGUCUAUUGUAAAUAAAAUUAUGGUUAAUAAUUAACCACAUAUAAGACUUGUUUAACAUAUAAGUAUGUGCUAAUUGAUACACUAUUUUGUAUUCGUUGCUUAACAAAUUGCGAAAUGUUAAGCAGAUACAAUAUCAUCAAGGUAACUGAUCGUUAGUGUAGUACUUAUUUAAAAAAUGUAAUGUAUACUGUGGAAAUUAUUAUUAAGCGUUGAUCAACUACAGUCAAAAAAUUUCUAGUAGAACUGUUUUCACACAACCCCUUUUAGACCGAGAGAUAAAGACAGCUUUUGUGCGAUGAUUAGUAAAAGUCUGUCACCGCAAUUUGUACUUUACAUACCUAAUAUGUUUAAACUAACGUAGGUAUACACAUAGGUAUAUCAUAGAUCUGUUGAGGAGUCCAAUCUAUUUUUUCUAAAUAACAUUUAUUGAUUAUUAAGUAAUCAAAAGGACAAGACAUAAAUGAACAAAACUUGAUUAUUAAUAAACGUGUGCCAUCAAUUUUAAAAUGAUAUUGGAGAGAAUAGGACGCUAGCACAUUGACAGACGUUUUUCGUUAUCAAUUCGCUUGAAAGCAUAUAUUAUGUAAUGUUUCAAAAAUUGCUAAAAAAUUUUUGAUUUGUAAAGUCUGUCAAUAUUAAUCAUCAAUGUAUUAAAUAUUAAUGGCAGAUGUUUCUUAAUAUACUUUUGUUUGUUGUGUUGUCAAUACCUAAUUGAAAAAUUACAUCGACAUAAAUUGAACUGCUCAACAUACGUUCAUACGUUACUUUUAACCUAUAUAAAGAGAAAAUUGCGGUGACAGCCGUUUACCAAUCAUCGCACAAAAUCUGUCGUUAUCUCUCGGUUUAAGGUUUUCGUGCUGCAAGAUUUAAAAAAAAAAGCUGCAAAGGUACUGCCUAAAAAUUAAAAAAAAAUAUCGCCAAUCGUGUUUUUCGUGUGUAGGUGAAGAUAACGCGCUUUUCGGAUAAUUUGUGCUUGAUACUUUAUCGCACUGUAUAGAAGAUGUAUAGGUGUUAUUAUUAGUCAUGCUCAAAUGUCUAAUUUAUGUACCUUUAAUAAAUUCCACAGUAUGUAGGAAUGGCAACCAUACAGCUUCUAGACCUACUAAGCAUAUUUCCUCAGAAAUCGUCCAAAUUUUACAAUUACAUGAUUCUUAGGUAACAGAUUGCCUUUUCAUUCAACACUGCUCCUGUACCUACGUGCGCACUAAAUAUUCUGUAAGUUUAAAUGUUUCUGCUUGUUAAGAGUUAAUGAACGUUUUGUUAAUGUUCAAACAUGCAUUUUAAACAACUUAACAGCACCUACACUAAUGUAGAUGCAAGGCUCUGUUAACCAUGUGAAGCAUAAGUAUAUACAAAGGUUUGAAAACUGUUUGAAAUUGUAAGCAGAAAUUCUAUACAGACAUGGAAGGUAGCCCUAUACGUUUUAAAUACGCACACAGCUUAAUAUGCAAGUACGAGUGCAAGUAUGAACUGUAUCUUUGAAAUUAUAUAUAGAUAAGUACGCUGUGCAUAUAGGAUAUUUACGUACUCAAAAGACUGAGGGUGUUAUUUCAGUGGGUGAGAUUGUGUUAGAAAACAAAUGUACUAGUCAUUAAUAUCAUAUACAUAAUACAAUAUAGCGUGGCAUAUUUUGGUGGCUGUCAUAUUUCACAUGGUUUUUAGUAUACAGAUUAUUUUGGCGAAACGAAUUACUGAAAGGGUUUAAAUGACAAGAGUAAACGCUAGUUUAAGUAAAGUAAGAGAAAUGUAGGUUGCAUUACUUUUAGUUCAUGCCCAAUAAUAUGAACAUAUAGCAGUUUGUAGCUAAUAUUUUCAAAAUGCACUUCUUUUCAGAAUAAAAUUAGUUUAGCACCUUUCCAGUUAUACAGACCAUGCUAUUGUUUACUAGAAGCAGUAUGAUACAAUUUUGCAUCAGCAAAGAAUAGUUUUGCCUCUAAGGAAGAGGUAUCUGAGCUUGAUGGCUUAGAACAUACCACCGAAUUACCAUAUAUUCAAUCUAAUUGUUCACAUUUUGUAAUAUAUUAAAAUUAAUCAUUUUGUACACACCAUACAAUAGUAGGUCAACUAUAAACCAAAGAUCCUAAAUGUUCACUUUACAGAGCUUGACUUAUGUGUUAUGUGUUCUAAAAUAAAUGUAUAUUUCAUAAAAUAAUUGAAAUCAGUAACAUUAAUGAGGCUUUAUUGUGUGGAUAGUUUAGUGUUUAUGAAUAUAAAAUGUGCACUGCCAAAAGAAACUUUAAUCUCAUGCAAUACCUACUUCUGCCGCUUGUUAGUUUCACAUAAAAAUUAAAUAAUACGUACAUGUUUAUGCUGAUAGGUAAAUGUAUGAUGUUUGCUUUUGGUACCAAUAUUAUUGUAAAUAUGAUUUAACUAAAUUUUGUUUUUCUUGUUGUUUGUAUUGAUUAUAAGAACUAUUUAAUAAAAUGUUCAGUGCGUAGGUGA